AAAAAUCACUACUCAGAAGGCCAACAUGCGAGACGAGAGACAGAGGCGGCACGGCCGACGCACAAGAGAAGACCUGUCCCGUGACGACUUGUUGUUUCUGCUAAGUAUUCUGGAGGGGGAGCUACAGGCCAGGGAUGAGGUAAUUGUUGUGUUGAAAUCGGAGAAGACAGACUCAGCUCUACUGGGGGCCCAAUAUGGUUUCAGCGGACCGGAGAAGGUGCUGCGUGCCCUGCAGAGAGACUCCCUCCAGGCCCAGCAGUACCACCUGCAGGAUGUGUACAAAAAACCAAUUGCUGAGCUAAACCACAUGGUGGAGACCCAGAAGCGCUCAUCUGAACGGAUGCUGGAGCAGCUCCUGGAGGUGUCCUGCUCUCACAGCGGCGCCCUACGCAGGCUAGAGGAGCAAGAGAAGAGCCACAGGGCUUUUAUCCAUAAGAGCAACUGCCUUACCACUCUACUGGAGCAGGACAGAGAGAGACUCAAGCUCCUGAUUGUGAAGGAGAGAGAAUACCAGGAGAUAAAGGAGAAGAAAAGUGAAAGAGAAGUAUCAAGUCUAAAGGAUGAACUCUCCAAGCUGAAGGUUUUUGCACUGCUGGUUGUGAAGGAGCAACAGCAUCUGGGCGAACUGCUGCAGGAACAGAGGUGUCGUGUCAAAGAACUGACCGCCAUCACUGACCACAUAAAGCAGGAGGUCAGUGCUGCUUACCCAAGUGCAAAACAAGAGGAGCUCAAAUCCCUGCAUCUGGAGGUGGAGCGCCAUCACCAAGUUUCCAUCCUCAACCAAAGCCAGAACACCAUGACAGCCCCGAGUCUGCUUUCAGAGGUUGAGGUACUGAGGAGAAGGGUUGUGGAAAUGGAGGGAAAGGACGAGGAGCUGCUACGCAUGUGGGACCAGUGUCGAGACCUGGACCGCAGACUAGCACGGGAGACCAGCCACUGCCGUAGCUUGAGAGUUGAGGUGGAUAAACUCAAUGGCAGAAUUAGUGAAUUGGACCGGAUAGAGGAGGCAUUAGGUAAGAGCAGACAGGACUGUAGUAUUCUGAAGAGCAGCUUGGAGCGAGAGAGAGAGCUUAGCAAGCUGCUGUCUGGUGAGCUUGACACUCUGAAAGCUAGGGUAAGAGAGCAAGAGGCCACUAAAAGCCAACUGGAAAAGAGUGAGGCGCUGAUUAGACAGGACCUGGCCAAGCUUAGGUCACUGACUGUAGCUUUGGUGGAGGACAGAAAGACCAUGGCCGAGAGGCUCCGGCAAGCUGAGGAAAAAAUCAGCAAGAAGGAGGGCACAAGUAAUGAGCAAAGCAAUUUGGUAACAAUGACAGAAAGGCUGAGAGACGAGAGGCAGCAGACACUGAAGUCUAAGGCAGAUUUAGAGGAACGGAUUAAGAGCAUAGCAAAGGAAAAAGAUGAGCUCCAAAACCGACUACAAAUAGAGGUGGAGAGGAACAGAGAGCUGCAGAGUAAAAUAAGUACAAUGAAAAAAAGGUUACAGGUCUUGGAAAACAGGAAAGAAAAAGAGGACAAGUACACACACAGCUCUUUCGCAAACAACCCUAACCAUCACUGCCAAACGGAGGACAACAAAGUCAAAGAAUUGACCCAGGAGCUAGAUAGGCUGAGAAAGACACUACAAGACAAGGAGAUGUUGGAGGGAGAACUGAUGAAGGUGGAAGAGGACUUUGAGUCCCUGGAAAAGAGGUUUAAGGAUGAACAGAAGCGGUCCCAGACUCUAAAAGACGAGUUAGAGGUGGCAAAGAGGGAGCUUUCCAGGUAUGACCAGGCAGAGAAGCAGGAGGUCAACCAAGAACACCUUCUCCUUUGCCGUCUUCAGAAGGAGCAGGUUAAGUCCAGACUAUUAGGCAGAGAGGUAGAUACCUUGAAGGAGAAACUCCAGAAGCUGAUGGGAACUGAGGAGUCCAUUUGCAGAGUUCAGAAUGAUCACUCCACGCUACAGAGAAAACUGGGCCAGCAGGAAGCCAGGAACAGAGAGCUGGCCAGAGAGAUGAUGGAACUGAGCAGUGAGCUAGAUAGUUAUAGACAAAUCACUAAUUUUACACCUGGUGCAAGGAGACAACACUUUUCAGACCCUCACCAGACCACCAGAGAGGUUCAAACUGAGGAGAAGGGUAGCCUGCCCCCUGAUUACAACGAGAAACUAGAUGGAGAAUAUGAGGAUGAGGACCCAAACCACAAUGCACAAGUCAUGAACAGAAGAAGCUCUCUUGUCAACAACCUUAACAGCCUGAACAGUGCAAAUAACAACAUAUGCCAAUACAACAGCCAUUCAGCCAAUGGCAUAGAUAUGCACCAAAAGGUUAAUGGAGAGGUGAUGAUGCUAACACACACACCAGGGCAGCCCUUGCACAUCAAAGUAACGCCACACCAUAUACUCAACACAGCCACACUCGAGAUUAGCAGCCCCACUGGAGACACAGCAACAUCCUACACCAGCACUGCUGUCAUCCCUACAAGCGGAGCGUCCCCUAAGCAGAGAAUCACCAUUAUCCAGAACUCAGCCAUGUCUGCAGUUAAUACUAAACCCCCCCCUUCAAGCCCUGACCGCACCAUCUCCGUGCUUAACGGAACACCCACCUCCCGGGCGUUAAGUCCAAAUUCAUCACGCUCUGUGACACCUGACCACAACAACUCCCCCAUUCAGAUCGUAACAGUCAGGACCUGUUCUCCAGAGCCGACAGAGGUUUCUAAUCAGGCUGUCUUCUGCAAGACUCCGGAGCAGCAGAACAGCUGGCAACAUCAGAAGUCCAACAGCACCGACACGAGUCCCAGUAUCAUCACCAGAGAGGAUAACAAGAUCCAUAUCCAUCUGGGGAGCCCAUAUAUCCAGUCCGUGAAUGGUAUGUCCCAUAGUGUCCCACAGCCUGUCGGGCCAUACUAUCUCCGACAUGAGCAAAGGACUCAAGUGCUCGCAAAUGGCUGUCAUGUCAAAGGUGUUGGCAAGAUAACUAGUAGCAUCACUAUAUCCCCUGCUACCUCACCAGCUUCACAUUCCUCAAAUAUUACAGUAAGUGGCCUUUGUGAUUAGGUGAAAAAUAUAUAUUAUUAACAUACAGUAUUAUGUUCUCAGUCUCACUCCUAGAUGAGACAACUAAAACAAAUUUCCUCUGAUGAGAACCCUGUAUGUUGUAUUUUGUAACAAUUAUCAAAUAAAUGCUUUGUGGUAUUUGUCAUAGAACAGCCUUUAUAAAGCCUACUUGUUCUAGUUAGUCUGUCUCUAGACUCUCUGGUUUUAACAACCCUUUAUUGAAUGUAUGACAUGUGUGUCUAGUGACUGUACGAGA